CAACAAACAUUAGGAAGUGAAGCAAAGAAACCUGGUACUACUAGUAGUAGUGAAGAAGCCACUCACCGCCGUUGGGUAAUGGCCGGCAAAGCUGGAGCCACUCCGGCGACAUACUCGCCGUCUCCGACCACCGAUAAGAAGAAAACUUCUCUCAUCAAGGAAGAUUGGGUCCGACCCGAUGGCCGCGGCUUCCACCAGUGCAGACCUGCCUUUUUCAGGACUGGUGCUGUGAAUGCUGCAUCAGGAUCUGCUUAUGCUGAGUUUGGAAACACAAAAGUCAUUGUAUCUGUUUUUGGGCCGAGAGAAAGCAAGAAGGCCAUGCUGUACAGUGAUGUAGGGCGUCUGAAUUGCAAUGUCAGCUAUACAACGUUUGCAACUCCAGUUCGUGGACAGGGUUCAGACCACAAAGAUUACUCUGCGAUGCUUGAUAAAGCUUUGGGGGGUGCAAUAAUAUUGGAAUCUUUCCCCAAGACGACUGUGGAUGUUUUUGCACUGGUGCUGGAAUCUGGCGGAAGUGAUCUCCCAGUUGUCAUAUCAUGUGCUAGCCUUGCCUUGGCAGAUGCUGGAAUAAUGAUGUAUGAUCUUGUAGCCUCAGUUUCUGUGUCAUGUCUCAGUAAGAACCUUGUCAUUGAUCCUAUUUCGGAGGAGGAAAACUGCCAAGAUGGAAGCAUAAUGAUUACUUGCAUGCCUUCUCGCUACGAAAUCACCCAACUCACAGUUACUGGGGAAUGGUCCACCCCAAAGAUUAAUGAGGGAAUGCAGCUGUGCUUGGAUGCUUGUGCAAAGCUUGCCAAGGUUAUGAGGUCAUGUUUGAAAGAAGCUUCUGAUUCACAAGAUUAGAGUGAGAGUUCUAAGUGAACACACAGAUCACAAGAUGUGCUGUUAGUUUGUUUUUGUUCUCUCCCCUUCUACCUCAAAAUUGAGAGGAUUUUGUGUUGGAGGAAGGUAGGGAAAGAUGGCUUGCAUGUCUUGUAAAUUUUGUGCUUAUGAGCUUGUUAAAGAUUAUAUGAAAAUUACCUUAAAAAAAGAAGAUAAUGUGAAAGUUAUUCUUACAGCAACAAAGUUUGCAAAUGUAUGCCACUCAAAGCAUGACUAGUGGAUACAGUCUGUACAAGUUGAUACGAUAUCAUCUGGAAGGUACAACUAAUUAUAGUUCUUCAUUUAAAGCUAACACAA